CCGAGAAGGGGAGACCCCCCCCUCCCCGCCCCCUCCCCGAGAUCCGGGCCCCAGGACUGUAGCUGCCCCGGACCCCCGCAGAACGCACGCAGAGGGGCCAGGAAAAGGAGCCACACCGAGAACUGUGAGGAUGGGAGGCAAACUCAGCAAGAAGAAGAAGGGUUACAAUGUGAAUGAUGAGAAAGCGAAGGACAAAGAUAAGAAGGCCGAAGGGGCCGGUGCCGAAGAAGAAGAAACUCCCAAAGAGAACGAGGAGACCCAGGCUGCCAAGGAGACCGCCGAAGUGAAGGAGAACAACAAGGGUGAGAAGAGUGACAAAGACCCCCAGGUUACUGCCAACAAGACCGAAGACAAGGAAGGGGAGAAGGACGCAGCAGCCGGCAAGGAAGAAGCUCCGAAAGCUGAGCCGGAGAAGCUAGAGUCCGUCGCCGAUGCAAAACUGGAGCCGCCGAAGAACACGGAGCCUGAACCGACCGUGGCUACUGCUGCGGCCACCACCACCAGCGAAGCUCCUAAGGUUUCUGAGCCCAGCACCGAGGCUAAAAUGUCCCAGCCUACGGAAGUCACAGCAACUAGUAAAGUAGAUGACAAGAGCAAAGAGGAAGGGGAAGCCAAAAAGACUGAGGCUCCGGAGGCACCAGCAGCCCAAGAAACUACAGCUGAGGUGGCUCAAGCUUCAGACUCAAAACCUAGCAGCAGCGAAGCUGCAACUUCGUCCAAGGAGACCCCAGCAGUGUCGGAAGCACCUAGUUCUACACCUAAGACCCAGGCCCCCCCUGCCUCUCAGCCAGAUGAAGUUAAACCAUCUGAGGCCCCGGUGGUGAAUUCGGAUCAGACCGUAGCAGUGAAAGAGUAACAUGGACAGCCUAUUGAAAAAUGACCACUUCAAACAACCUGUCUCUCUCUCUCUUUCUCUCUCUCUCUCUCCUUAUUUUUCUCUCUCUUGUUCUCUCUCUCUUUCUUUCUCUCUCUUAUUCCAGCUCUACUAACUUGUUUCGGAUCUGAAAUAACAAUAUGUAUUGCCCAAAAAAUGGAUGUCCCAUCAAGGGAGGGAGGGAGAGGGUGGGGGAGAAUCCAAAAUAGUAUUUUUGUGGGGAAAUAUCUACUAUACCUUCAGUCAACUCUACAAAUAAUCCUCAAUUUUAAAGACGGAUGUCUGAAAGUCCAGCACAUCUUUUGUACCCGAACUGCUGUUUAAUGCACUCCACCAAUGUAUCAAAAUCUCUUUUCCUUCAGUAAUGGGGUAUGGGAGUGAUGUGUUUUGAUUUUAGCCCUUGUCUCUGGGCCAAGGCAAUCAGAUCUAUACGAAAGCAGUAUUUUCAAUGUUUUUUUUUUUAAUUUACAGCCUUUCUUAUUUUGAUAUUUUUUUAAUGCCGUGGAUGAAUGCCAACUUUCAGACAGAUCCCACUUAGCUGUCCACAUUUUUCUCAAAUCCAAUCCUCCAUUCUUCCUCUCCAGAUAUUUUUGGGAGUAAUAAACAUUCUCAUCCUACUUAGCCUACCUAGAUUUCUCAUGACGAGUUAAUGCAUGUCCGUGGUUGGAUGCACCUGUAGUUCUGUUUAUUGGUCAGUGGAAAUGAAUAAAAAAGUCUGCGUUCAUUGCAGUUCCAGUUCUCUUCCAUUCUGUGUCACAGACACCAACACACCACUCAUUGGAAAAAUGAAACAAAAAAAACCUGAAAAAAAAAACAAAAUGUACAAUGGAUGCAUUGAAAUUAUAUGUAAUUGUAUAAAUGGUGCAACAAGUAAUAAAGUUAAAUAAUUAAAAAAAGCA